GCUAAAUCAUGCAGGCGCCUUUCGAAACGUGUAUAUAAUACAUCACAGCCCAAAUCUCCGCGAUCCCGCGAGACACGAGCUCGCUCAUUUGCAUACGCAGACACUGGCGGGUUGAAAGCAUCAAUCUCUCAGUGCGAUCAUCGGUUGACUCUCUCACACCUCUAUCUCAAAUACAUACAUUCUGUGAUUGGCUACAGCGCAGAACAGCCACUGGGCUUUCGUCGACAAUGUAACCUCCUCCAAAUGCUUCGGUCUACUUCGGUACAUCCCGAUGGGACAGGUCGAAACAAGUCAAUGGCUUAUUUCGGGAGGGUGUAAUAUCCCACAGAGACCCCUCUUUUUGGUGAAGAAAACUCACAGCUGUAAGACUCCUUAAUGGCACCAUGGACCCGCAAUUCUCUCCAUGCUGCGACCAAAGAGACCCAGACAAGUCCCACGCCUUCUAUUUCCGACUGAUUGUUUACCUUCGCAUAUUUCAGGCAUCCUGAUCAAUGGGAUCAAAGUAAAACGACAUCAAACGUCUGACUGACGUGUUCGUGCAAUGGUUCAUAUCUGCAUACCCAGGGCAGUCGUCAAAAAAAAGAAUGUUUCUUUCGGACGCCAUUCGCCGAAAGUUCCUGCGAGGAGAACUUGUGAAAAAACCACUGUAUACAUAGAUGACUUACGAAAGAUCGCUCAGUGCAAUAUCACGGGUAUGACCUGCACGGAGAGAACAAGAUGGGGUGCAUCACACGCUUCGGUCAUAUGCACAUCACGACGUCCGUACCUCCAUCGACAAGCAUCAAGUCGCAUGUGACGUCUGGGUGCGUCCGAUGAAAUUCCGGGACCGUGACCCUGGAGUGCCCGAAGGCUAACGCGAAUCGAUGCCCAUAACGCUUUGCAAAGAGGUCUGUACAUAGAGAUGUAAAGAUGAAUAUGCAAAAAAGGCGCGUCAGGGGAUUACCUGCCACUUUGCGAGUAUAUGGAUGCCGUCCUAUGUCAAAAGAUACCACACGAGCCUUUUGGUUGCUCGUCAGCCUGCAGAAAGACGAACAGUCGCAGACGCAUGCCUUUUCCAACGACGGAUAGGCAACAUGUGCAGCUUAUCAUAUGUAGCUCGAAUGCCCGGUAUUGAAACCUUCGUGACAUAACAUCGCGAUUGAUUUCAUUGAUUCAUUUUGUUGAGGCAACGGAUUUGCAUUCGUGUUUAACGCACCGAUCUCACAAAUGGUCUUCACGAAUGGGAGUGAAGCCAAAUCGAUGAAACUGACCAGUCAGACAGGAGCCGUACAGCAUGGCCAGCCGUCUGUCAUUCGGCCAGCUCACGUCCGGACUUGCUGGGCAAUUUGAAAACAUCCUCCUGAGUGAGAGACAUAACUAUGUCUCUCACUGAAAGUAACUCAUGACCUCGACUUCCUCUUGUCUCUUGCCUUCGAAAUGAGAGUAGGGUUGCAGUGUGUCUUGCAUGUCGUGGUACAGCUUUAUGUUUGGAGUAGGCAUGAAAACGCAAAUGAAGAAGACACGAAGCUCAUACACUUGUCAUUUGCUUGAUACGAACUGAGGCUUAGACGUUUCAUGCAUCUACUUAAACUUAAGCACCACACGAGAGACAGCUGCCUAUUCAACUCACUCACCGACGGAUGGGCAGGCAGGAAAGCAAGGACGCAAAAGGACCCGAAAAAGGCCGUUCGUCGACCCAGCAGCUGGCGAGCGAGUGCAGACAAGGGGUCUUGUGUUGUGUCGUCGACCUCUCAUGGCUACACACCUGAGACACCCACCACACCAGGGGAACCAGCCAAGAGCCACACACAAAACAAAUCAAUGCAGCGUGCAGAUGGCACUC